AUGCUGCAAAUGAAGCGCGGUAACGAGUCCUUGCCGGGCGACUUUGCAGGCCCGGACGCGGGCACCUCGUCCUCAGGAGAGCGUUCUGCAGGUCUUCAUCCUUCUCUGUGGCGUGUCACGUGGUCGCUAAAUGGGUGUCCCAGUUUUGGAUCUUUAAAGACAGACCUUUUCAUAUGGUGGGAGACGGGCGGGCGGGGUCGUAAGGCGAGCACGGAGCAGCCCGAGGGCCGGUCAGCAGGCCAGCAGCAUCAGCAGCAGGCGCAGCAUCAGCAGGAUGAUGAGAAGAAACAGACAUAUAACCUGUGUUGGAAUGAGUUUCCGACCAAUCUAUUAUCUUUUUUCAAAGAGCUUCGCGAACAGGAGGAGUUCGUAGAUGUUACCCUUGCCUGCGAGGGUCAGCAGGUGGCGGCCCACAAGGUCGUCCUCUCCGCCUGCAGCCCCUACUUCAGGUCUCUGCUCAAGAACAACCCGUGCGACCACCCCAUCAUCAUCCUGAACGAGGUGCGCUACACGGAGCUGGUCACCCUCCUGCAGUACAUGUACCAUGGCGAGGUGCAGAUUGCCCACGACCAGAUCAAGGACUUCCUGCGCACCGCCAAGUUGCUACAGAUCCGCGGGCUGGCCGAGGCCGCGGCCGCAGAGUCCAAGACGCGGACGCCCCCGGAGACCAGCCGCGAGAAUGGUCCCGCCCGCGAGGCGCCCACGCCCACGCCCAAGGCUGAUUCCGUCGAGCCCGAGGAGGAGGGGCGGCCUCCAGACAGCCCCCAGGUAAAGCGCAUCAAACUGAGCAGUAGCGUGGGCGCACCGCCCUCGUCGUCGCCCUCGCCGCUCCAGACCGGGGGUCCCAGCCCCCCCGCGCCCACGCCGCCCAUCGCCAGCCUCCCGCCCACUAUGAGCACCAUGGCGAGCAUGUCCGGCCUUCCCUCCCUUCCGCCCGUGGGCAUCCCGGGCCUGCCCCUGCCGCUCUCCCUGCCUUCCUCCAUCACCGCCCUUCCCCCCGUGACCACGGCCCACCCACCCUCCAUCCACCACGCCCGCGGCACCCUCCACACGCCCACCACCGUCAGCCAGCCCUCCUUCCCAGGCAUGUACCCCGGCGCAGGAUCCGAGGACACGCAGGACACCCUGGGCAGCGACCGCUCCGAGGACCGCGAGAAGUCCCGCCACGACGACGACGACCACGAGCACGACCACGAAUCCACCCUGGAGAAGAUGUCCGGCCUAGCCAACAUGGCGGCGCUCAAAGCAUACGGCUUCUUAUCACAAUUUCCGCAUAGCCUAAAUCCCUUAUUUACGAACCAUUUUUCCCUUUUCUCUCCCUUAGGGUUCGGGGGGUUUCCUGGCCCUUCCGGUCUCGUAGGCUUGGCGUCGGCUGCACUUGGCUCCAACCCUGACAGUAAUCCUGACCUUGCUGCUCUACACGCAAACCACGCUGAAGCCUCAUCUCUGGCAGACAUUGCGGUUUCAUACCCAGGUCGUCCCCGCUUCGACUUCUACCGCGUGCGAGCAACGGACCCGCGGCCCUGCCACCUGUGCGGCAAGAUCUACAAGAACGCCCACACCCUCCGCACGCACAUGGAGGACAAGCACUCCAACUGCAACGGGUUCCGCUGCGUCCUCUGCGGCACCGUGGCCAAGUCUCGCAACUCGCUGCACUCGCACAUGAGUCGCCAGCACCGCGGCAUCAGCACGAAGGACCUGCCGCUGCUGCCCAUGCCGGCGCCCUGGGACCCCGAGAUGGCCGCCAAGUACAUAUCGAUGGUGGGCGGCGUCGGCGAGGUCGUCAGGCAGAACUACCGGCGCCCGGACCGCGAGCGAGAGAGCAACACCUCCGGCAGCGACAACGCGUCGCGAGACCGGGAGGUGGAGAAGACCCCGACUUCUCAGGAGAACGGCGGACUGUACUUCAAGGGCGACUUGGGAGGGCGCGACCCGGAGGACGGCAUGAAGGAGCGGCGGCCCUACGACGCCAUCAGCCGCCACCUGGACCUGUACCCUGGCCCCAAACCCGUAGGCGCCUCGCUGCUCGACACCUACCUGCAGAUGAUGCGGGCCUCGGGCAUGGACCUCACCUCGCCCAGCGCUGACAACCUGCCGGACGACCGCAAGUUCCUGCACUCGCGGCCCCUCGGCGGCGGCGUGCUCGACCUGACCCGCCCCGAGAUGACCCGCAGUUGCUCGCCGCCGCCGCGGGAGGACGACCACGGUGGCCAGGGCUCCGACGACUUCAGCGAGGACGAGCACGGCAGCCUGCACCUGGACGAGGUCCGGGCCCCGCAGAAGCUCGGCGGCGGCGCCACCGUGGUGACCGUCACGCCGCGCUCGCCCGAACCCUCCGACACCGAGGACGAGGCAAAGUGGGCCGUGCAGUAGUGAGCACCACAGCACAGCCGUGCAGCGUCACACAGCAAUCACACCAGUGGUACAAAUGACACAGUGGAUGCAAGAAAGAGAUGCGCGCUUGUGGGCGGGAGUCAGAGGCUGUGGCGCCGCCCUUCCCCGCCGCCCGUGAGUCGCCCUCAUGCACGCCUGACUAUUUAUGUCACUGUCAUGCCCCUGUCAUCGCCCUCUCACCUUCCCCAUCAACUAUCAUCCGAGAAAUGAAUUAUACCUUAGUAGAAUAUCUUCUAACUAUGCAACUCCUCAUUCACCCAUUCCCUCGUCCCGCUCCCCCGCCCACACUGACUCUCCUAUCUCCACCUAGCGAAGGAUCCCCUUCCUUCCUUUUUCACCCUCUUUCUCCCACCCCACCCCACGGCCCUCACCACCAGGGGCGUGACUGAGGGCGACGCACGUCUCCAGCAGUUGUCAGUUCUCAGGGACUCGCCGGGCUUCACUCCCUCCUGUACAUACUUCUCACACUCAGGCCGGCGGUGACACAAGGGGGAUGGGCCGCCCACAGGACUCCGCGACUCUCGCCCGCGCACUCCCACAAACACACGCUCUCGUGCACAAAAUGGCACCUUGGUUAUGUGCACCCAAUGGAACUUUAUGUGGCCCUCUGCAUGAUAUGGUAAACCGGUUGGUGCCCUCUCUUGGUGCUCGUCUUUCUUUGA